GUGGUGGUGUCCCAUCCUUUCAGGCUGUUGGCCUGAGGUAGGGCUAAAUAGAUUUAAAUAGUGGAGUAGGGUGCUGGGUUGUUUGUGAUUGUAGGGUAUUUGAUUUAUUUAUUUAAAAAAAUCGAAUAAAUCAAAGUAUAAGGGAGUUAUACUCCAGUCUAGUAGGUGGCGGUAAUGCAACAUUUAUUGGAUGCCAACUGCCGUUAAACCACAUCGAAGAAGAAUCUAGUGGAUCACGUGACACGGGACGCUUCUUCAACAACAACACGGUCACUGAUUCAUUCAGUCGCCACUCGGUAGUUAGCCAACGUAAAAUCGGAACAUUGAAGCUCUUUAGACCAUUUUUGUGUGUAUUGAUCUCGGUGUCGUUUGCUUGUUAAAAUUGACACAUUUGUUAAGGUUGAUUAUACUGAGCCUAAGCGCUAGGCUAAUGCUCAUUUUAGGUAGCCCAACCAUGAACUCACAAAUAUACUCCCAUCCUGCUAGAGAAGAGGGGGUCUCCUGGACGGAGAAAGAAGCUCUGGGUCUGAACAUUGUCGUAAAAGAAGAGGAAGAGGAGAAUAUUACAGUGGAAGAAGCUUUCAGAAUAAAACAGGAGGAAGAGGAGGCUAUCACGUAUAACGAUGUUAUAGUGAAAGAAGAGGAAGAAGCUUUCCGAAUAAAAAAGGAGGAAGAUGAGAAUGUUACAGUGAAAGAAGAGAAAGAACAUUUUGGAGUGAAAGAGGAAGAUGAGGCUAUCUCAAUAAAAGAGGAGGAAGAGGAAGAUGUUUUGGGAGUGAAAAGGGAUGAGGAGGAAGGAGAGGAAGUGGAGACUGGAGAUCUGAUUGACACUAGAGAGAGACCAGACUCUCACUCUGACAGCGGGAAGAGUCCUUCAGGGGAACCAGACCCGGAGACGCCCAAACCAGCAAGAAAACAUCACUGCUCCCACUGUGGAAAGAGUUUUAGCUGGUUAGGGUACCUAAAACGGCAUGAGAGGACACACACAGGAGAAAAGCCUUUCCAAUGUUCCCAGUGUGGAAAGAGUUUUACCGUGUUAGUUAACCUGAAAAGGCAUGAGAGAAUACACACGGGAGAAAAGCCUUAUCACUGUUCCCACUGUGGAAAGAGUUUUACUCAGUUAGGGAACCUAAAACAGCAUGAGUGGACACACACAGAAGAAAAGCCUUACCACUGCUUCCAAUGUGAAAAUAGAUUUUCACGAUCAGUGGACCUAAAAGCUCAUGAGAGAACACACACAGGAGAAAAGCCUUUCCAAUGUACCCAGUGUGGAAAGAGUUUUACCGUGGUAGCUAACCUGAAAAGGCAUGAGAGAAUACACACUGGAGAAAAGCCAUUCCAAUGUUCCCACUGUGGAAAGAGUUUUACUCAGUUAGGGCACUUAAAAAAGCACGAGUGGACACAUACAGGAGAAAAGCCUUAUCACUGUUCCCACUGUGGAAAGAGAUUUUCACGAUCAGGGGACCUAAAAACUCACGAGACAACACACAUAGGAGAAACACCUUUCCAAUGUUCCCAAUGUGGAAAGAGUUAUGUUAAGUCACGGUACCUAAAAGAGCAUAAGAGAACACACAGAGGGGAAAAGCUUACCCAAUGUUCUUAGUGUGGUGACGGGAUCUCUCAAAUAGAUGGUAUGAAGAUAGUUGAGAACAAAGCCUUUAUGUCCCUACAGUGGAGAGUGUUUUACCAUGUUAGUUAACCUGAAAAUACAUGAAAUAAUACGCUCUGGAGAAAAGCCUUUCCACUGCUCCUAAUAUAUAAAUAUACUUUUGCCAGGUUAGGGAGUCUGGAGUCACAUGAGUGGAGCACUACCACUGGUCCCGCUGUGGAACAUGUUUUAACCAGUCAGAGAAGAGGAGCACUACCACUGGUCCUGCUGUGGAACAUGUUUUAACCAGUCAGAGAAGAGGAGCACUACAACUGGUCCUGCUGUGGAACAUGUUUUAACCAGUCAGAGAAGAGGAGCACUACCACUGGUCCCCCUGUGGAACAUGUUUUAACCAGUUAGAGAAGAGGAGCACUACCACUGGUCCCGCUGUGGAACAUGUUUUAAAACCAGUUAGAGAAGAGGAGCACUACCACUGGUCCCGCUGUGGAACAUGUUUUAACCAGUUAGAGAAGAGGAGCACUACCACUGGUCCCGCUGUGGAACAUGUUUUAACCAGUUAGAGAAGAGGAGCACUACCACUGGUCCUGCUGUGGAACAUGUUUUAACCAGUCAGAGAAGAGGAGCACUACCACUGGUCCUGCUGUGGAACAUGUUUUAAAACCAGUUAGAGAAGAGGAGCACUACCACUGGUCCCGCUGUGGAACAUGUUUUAACCAGUUAGAGAAGAGGAGCACUACCACUGGUCCCGCUGUGGAACAUGUUUUAAAACCAGUUAGAGAAGAGGAGCACUACCACUGGUCCCACUGUGGAACAUGUUUUAACCAGUCAGAGAAGAGGAGCACUACCACUGGUCCUGCUGUGGAACAUGUUUUAACCAGUCAGAGAAGAGGAGCACUACCACUGGUCCCACUGUGGAACAUGUUUUAACCAGUUAGAGAAGAAGAGCACUACCACUGGUCCCGCUGUGGAACAUGUUUUAACCAGUUAGAGAAGAUGAAAUCAUACGAGAGAAUAGAGGCUGUGUUCUGUUUUUGACUGAGCAUUUGGGUUUUUGUUUAUGCCACCUGAAAUCAAAUAGUUUAUAUGAAAUCUUCCUUAAAAAAAAUAGGCCUACUUUAGUUUUUUUCAUCUUAAAAAAUAGCUCAAAGUCUGGCUAGGUCGGGUGGGAGGUAACCCAAUGGGCAUGUCUGGGUAGAAUGGUGGGAGUUAACCCAAUGGGUAUGUCUGGGUAGAAUGGUGGGAGUUAACCCAAUGGGCAUGUCUGGGUAGAAUGGUGGGAGGUAACCCAAUGGGCAUGUCUGGGUAGAAUGGUGGGAGGUAACCCAGUGGGCAUGUCUGGGUAGAAUGGUGGGAGGUAACCCAAUGGGUAUGUCUGGGUAGAAUGGUGGGAGGUAACCCAAUGGGCAUGUCUGGGUAGAAUGGUGGGAGGUAACCCAAUGGGCAUGUCUGGGUAGAAUGGUGGGAGGUAACCCAAUGGGUAUGUCUGGGUAGAAUGGUGGGAGGUAACCCAGUGGGCAUGUCUGGGUAGAAUGGUGGGAGGUAACCCAAUGGGUAUGUCUGGGUAGAAUGGUGGGAGGUAACCCAAUGGGCAUGUCUGGGUAGAAUGGUGGGAGGUAACCCAAUGGGUAUGUCUGGGUAGAAUGGUGGGAGGUAACCCAAUGGGUAUGUCUGGGUAGAAUGGUGGGAGGUAACCCAAUGGGUAUGUCUGGGUAGAAUGGUGGGAGUUAACCCAAUGGGCAUGUCUGGGUAGAAUGGUGGGAGGUAACCCAAUGGGUAUGUCUGGGUAGAAUGGUGGGAGGUAACCCAAUGGGCAUGUCUGGGUAGAAUGGUGGGAGGUAACCCAAUGGGCAUGUCUGGGUAGAAUGGUGGGAGGUAACCCAAUGGGUAUGUCUGGGUAGAAUGGUGGGAGGUAACCCAAUGGGUAUGUCUGGGUAGAAUGGUGGGAGGUAACCCAAUGGGCAUGUCUGGGUAGAAUGGUGGGAGGUAACCCAAUGGGUAUGUCUGGGUAGAAUGGUGGGAGGUAACCCAAUGGGUAUGUCUGGGUAGAAUGGUGGGAGGUAACCCAAUUGGUAUGUCUGGGUAGAAUGGUGGGAGGUAACCCAAUGGGUAUGUCUGGGUAAACAAUAUGACCUGGUGUAUAGAACAGGAUUACACAGUUCCCGUUAGUUACUGGUGUCAUGAUGUUGGCCUGGGGGUAGGUUUAUGACAGUCAUAAAUACCUCUUCCCCCCUUUUUCCUCUCUCU